UUCUCUGCCUUGCCUUCCAUCCAUCCAUCCACGCGGGGAGGGCGAGUACCAGAGCCACCCUCGGAUCCCUCCCGGGCUGGGGGGUCUGGCGAGCGAAAGGCGAAGGAGGGGCGAAAAGAAACGCGGAGUGGCGGAGGGGGGGGGAGAGAUCCCGGAGGCGCCCCCCACCUUCUUUCCAACAGCAGCAGCAGUAGCACCCGCCCCGCGGUUGCGCGCCGAUGCCGGCCCGGCUCUUUGGGUGGUGGUAGCAGUCAACGGGACUCGCACACCGACCGACGCACCAUGGAGCAACCCGCGGCUCCGACGGUCGUCGUCCUCCUGCUGCUGAGGCUUCUGGACCCCUCGCUGGCCGGCUUCCCCAACACCAUCAGCAUAGGAGGACUUUUCAUGAGAAACACUGUCCAGGAACACAGCGCAUUCCGAUUUGCGGUGCAGUUGUACAACACCAACCAGAAUUUCACCGAAAAGCCCUUCCAUUUGAACUACCAUGUGGAUCACCUGGAUUCUUCCAACAGUUUUUCGGUGACCAACGCAUUCUGUUCCCAGUUCUCCAGAGGAGUCUAUGCCAUCUUUGGAUUCUAUGACCAGAUGUCAAUGAACACACUGACGUCCUUUUGUGGGGCACUGCAUACAUCUUUCAUCACGCCCAGCUUUCCAACAGAUGCUGAGGUUCAGUUUGUCAUCCAGAUGCGUCCAGCUCUGAAAGGGGCCAUCUUAAGCCUUCUGACAUACUAUAACUGGGAAAAAUUCGUAUAUCUCUAUGAUACCGAACGAGGUAAGAAUGCAUUUUGGUUUUUUCCAGAUGGUUUCUUUCCAAAAACCCCUCCCUCCAUGUCUCUUAAUGCAAAAAGUGGCUUCAUAUAG